CGACUCUGCUGAUGCUCGGCACACUGGGCAGGAGUCCAUCCUCUUCGGUUGCUAAUUGAUGGCACAAUGAACAGUAAUAUAUAUUUACUGAGACAAGUAGGGUGGGAAACGCUUUACUGUGGGACAAUACAAUAAAGCGUGAAAAACGGAGAAGCUCACUGAUGGCGACUCGCAGCAGACCGGGCAGUAAGAAGUGUGCUGUGAUCGGUGGCUCCGGCUUCCUAGGCCAGCAUCUAGUGGAGAAGCUCCUGGAGAAGGGAUACGCUGUGAAUGUGUUCGACAUCCGCCAGGGCUUCCACAAUGACCGGGUCACCUUCUUCCUGGGGGACCUCUGCUGCAAAGAGGAUCUUCUCCCAGCACUGGAGGCGGUGACUGUUGUGUUCCACUGUGCUUCUCCUGCUCCAUCCAGCGACAACAAAGAACUGUUCUACAGAGUGAACUACAUAGGAACCAAGGCAGUCAUCCAGGCCUGCAAAGAGGCUGGAGUUCAGAAAGUGGUUCUGACAAGCAGUGCCAGCGUUGUGUUUGAAGGCACUGAUGUGAAGGAUGGCACUGAAGACUUGCCCUAUGCCAAGAAGCCUAUUGAUUACUACACAGAGACCAAAAUCCUGCAGGAGAAGGAGGUCCUGAGUGCAAAUAACCCUGAUGAGAAUUUCCUGACAGUUGCAAUUCGUCCUCAUGGGAUUUUCGGACCUAGAGACCCCCAGCUGGUUCCGAUUCUGGUAGAGACCGCCCGAAAGGGCAGGAUGAAAUUCAUCAUCGGUGAUGGGAAAAACCUGGUGGAUUUCACCUAUGUUGAAAACGUGGUACAUGGUCACAUCCUGGCAGCCGAGAGCCUUCACAAAAAUUCACCAGUCUGUGGAAAAGCCUACCACAUCACGAACGACGAGCCCGUGCCGUUCUGGGAGUUCCUGUCCCGAGUGCUGGUGGGCCUGGAUUAUGAGCCCCCGCGGUACCGCCUGCCUUACCUGCUCGUAUACUACCUGGCUCUGCUGCUCUCCCUGCUGGCCCUGCUGCUGAAGCCCUUCAUUGCCUUCAAACCCACCUUCACCCCCAUGCGAGUCGCUCUGGCCGGCACUCACCACUACUACAGCUGCAAGAGAGCUAAACAGGACAUGGGCUACAGGCCCCUGGUCAGCCUGGACCACGCUAUUGAGAGAACAGUGCUGAGCUACCCCCAGCUGCGCCGGACUGAGUAACAGGAGAGCAGGGGCUUGUACACGCUCCAGCGCCCCAAAUUACCAGUGCGGUGCAUGUAAGGAAUGAGGAGUGUUUUUUGUGAUGUCCUCUUUGCAGUGUCCUUGGGAAUAAUGUUCAGUCUGUUUGCACAAUGUUUUGACUACAUUCUCCUGCAAUAUCAAUGCUUGUCAGAAUGUUAAACAAAAGAAUAAUAAAAAGAUAUAAGCUUUACUUUAAUCUCUCUCAGUAGGUUUAAUGCACUGAGGAAGUGUACUGGUUCUUUAUUUUGAAUUUUUCAAAGGCUUAAUCUAGUGAAGCUGAUUAUGGUAAUGUGAUAAUUUCUACGUAUAUGAAGCAGGAUCUCAGGAGGUGGGGCAGGCAAAUACCGCUGCUGUAAAUGCCUGUAGCAUGCUACACACUGAAAAUGUAUGAGACUUGCUAUGUGCACUCCUAGCAACAUGGUGAAUUCAUAACACGGAAAAAAGGAAACAUGCAGCUGAUAUAAAUUCAAUUAUUUGGGGAUAAUAACCCAUUGGAUAACACGUUAGGCUGGUCAUGUUAUCCAUUAAUGAUCCUAACUACACCUAAGUUGUUUCUAGUUGUGUACCAGUUAUAUUUAAUACAUACUAGUAUAAUGUGUUCUAAACUGUUCAAAUGGGUUUGAAACUUUAAUUGGGGAAGGUGAGAAAAAUUACUGUUAAAGUAGAAGAAAAGGUAACAUUUUGCUGAGGUUUAUUUAUUUUUAACAAAUAAUCUCCACAUAGACUAUUGUUUUAAUGGCAAUCACUUUUUCUUUCUGUCCUUUUAAUUUUGUCAGCUUGGUUAUUCCUUUAAUUGACUGUCAGGAGAUUCUGAAUGACACACAGCAGCUUACUUGAGCUCCAAACUGUUUACUGUGGUACUAUUGUAGGGGCUUAUAUUGCAAAUUAAGUCUUUCUAAUUGGAAUAAAAGAUAAAUAAUUGUAUAUGUGAAUGUCAUUAUUAGAAAUAUUACAUGUACCACACAAUCAUGUUUAGUCUUACCCUAAAAUAUAAUUCUUUGUUUCCUGUAAAAAGAAAAUAAAUAUGAUUUGCUGAGA